GAGGGGUGGCCACCUGCCGAGGCGGACGCGGGGGGCCCGGGCCGUGGGGGCCGCUGGCAGCAGCGCGAUGCAGCCCCAGGUCCCGGAUAGCGGCGGCCAUGCCGGUCCUUAAGAACCCCUACAAAUUGAAGAUGGCCACGGCCAACAGAGCACCGGGCAGCACCGGGGAGCUGAUCCUGGCCCAGGAGAGCAGCACCAACCCCUUCGAGGAGGAUUUGGAGGAGAACUCGGGGGACUCUGUCCUGGGGGACCAGAACCCCUUCCUGGAGGAGGCAGAGGAGGAGGACGGUGGCUUUGAACGUGACCUCACCAAUGGCAGCCUGGACCGGGGCCGGGUGACGCUAGAGAAGCUGGCGGGCCUGUCCCCCUUCCGGCUGGGCAAGGGCAAGAAGGGGGCGGGCAAAGAGAAGGCUCCUGCCGGGGACAAGGGGCCCGACCGGCGCCCCUUCCUGGGCCUCGGGUCCCUGGAGAAGCGGAAGGCACGGCGCUGCUCCGAGGACUUCGGCCUCCUGCAGCGCUUGAACGGGCGGCGCAGGGAGAGCCAGGGCGGGCCGGAGAGCUCCCCGGCCGAGCGCGAGGGUGUCCCCGACGCCGGGAAGCGAAUGAGCUUCCUCAAGCUGGGCCUGGGGGGCCGGGCGCGCCGGGCCUCGCUGGUGGACAAGCCCAGCCCCGCCGAGGCCCCGGAGCCGGCGCUCGCCGCCCAGGAGGUGGAGACCGUCGCCAAGGCCCAGGAGCCUCUGUCAGUGCUGGAGAUCCUGAACCUGAUCCAGCACCGGGACCUGCUGGCGGCGGACAAGCACAUCAUUGAGCUGGAGGUGGAGUGCGGGCGGGAGGGCCCCCCGAGCGGCGAGCCCGGGGCCGGCAGCCGUAAGGCCAAGGACGUGGCGCUGCUGUACGAGGCCCUGCUCCAGCAGCUGUGGGCUAUGCUGGCCGAGGCCCUGGCGGCCCGAGGCACCUACCCGUCCCUGGAGCUGAUGGUGCGGGUGAUCGAGCAGGAGGAGGCCGCGGACCGGCGGUGGCUGGAGGCGCAGGGGGGCGGCGCGGGGCCCCGGCCCCGGGCCAUGCGCCGCAGGUGGGCCGAGGCGGUGAAGCGGGCGGUGGGCGAGCGGCUGGGCCAGUGCGCGGAGGACAGUGGCGGCCCCCUGGCGGGGCACGUGGAGCGCCUGACCCGCUGCCUGGUGGAGGACCUCCGCGCCGUCAGGAGCCACUUGCUGCCGGCGUAUCCCCCCGAGUACCAGGCCCUGGACGUCUACGCCCGCAGCUACCAUGAGGGGCUGGCCCAGCUGCUGGGCAGCAUCGCCCAGAGGAGCCUGUCCAUUGCCGAGCUCUACUUCCUCCUGGACUGGCACAGCAACACCUACCCCAGGGAGGUGCUGGGGCGGCUGGACAUCGCCCCACUGCUCAGCGCCCACGAGCUAGAGCCCCUGCUGCCCCCCGAGACCCAGCGCCGCUUGGAGGAGGCCUGCGUUGCGGCAGUGAAGACCAAGAUCGUGGCAGACAUGAGCCGGGAGCUGCGGGAGGAGGAGCAGCGCUGGGCACAGGAGCCUGGACGGGACCACAGCCAGCUGGAGCUGUCCAGCCGGGUGAUCUCUGUGCUGAAGGCCCAUGUGGACAAAGCCCCCCGGAUCACGCCGGAGUUCGGGGAGCAGAUAGUGCUCUGCUGUCUGACUGGUCUGGCCGAGUUCCUGCAGAGCUUUCAGAGCAAGGUGGAGCAGUUCCACGAGGGGCCCGGCAAGAGCGGCCCCCCCACCGACAGCUAUGUGGGCAGGACCAUCGCGCUCGUCAACUGCUGCCCCCCCUUCAGGGAAUACGUGGAGCAGCUGGCGCAGUUUGGCCACUCGGAGAGCGAUGCCCCCCAGCGCCAGGCCAGCGCCGCCCUGGACAAGGUGACCCGGCUCUGCAACCAUGUCCUGGCCCAGCAGCUCUUCGAGGAGCUCCGGCCCUACUUCCCCAAGCUGAUGAAGAGGAAGUGGCUGGCCAGCUCGGAGAGCUUCGACGCCAUCGUCGCGCUGCUCACGGACUACACCCAGAAGCUGCGGAAGAUGCAGCCGGAGCCGUACGAGGUGCUGGUGAACGAGGUGCACCGGUGGGUGCUGGUCCAGUACGUCCGGCCCCUGCUGCAGGUCCGGCUCGUCUGCAGCUCGAACAAGAUGAGAGGCAAGGUGGCGGCCCGGCUGGAGGACGAAGGCCGCCAGCUGCAGGAGCUCUUCGGCCAGCUGAACUCGACCUCGUCCUGGCUGAAUGAAGUGGUGCCUCACCUGGCCGAGAUCCUGCGGCUGGAGGACACGCCCUCCAUCCAGAUGGAGGUGGGGGUGCUGGUGCGGGACUUCCCUGACGUCCGGAAGAAGCAUGUGGCGGCCCUGCUGGACGUGCGGGGCCUGCGGAGCCAGACGCAGCGCCAGGAGAUCUUGGCUGUGGUGAAAGACCUGGAGCUGAGCAAGGGCGAGGUUCCACGGUGCCAGGAGCGGCCCUUCUUCUCGGACAUCGCCGCCGCCCGUGAGGUGCGCUGCUUCAGCGGGGCCCUGCCACGCCUGCCGCCCGCGCACCUCGCCUGCCUGGGCUGGCUGCGCUGGGGGUGCCUGGGCCCCGCGCCUGACACAUGCCAGCCCCAGGCCAGCGAGCAUGAGGCGGACAUCCAGGUGUGAGCCGAGCCUCUCCAGGACCCAGCCCCUGAGCUGCGCCAGGCCAGGCGCCUUGCGCCAGUGGGCAGCUCCCUGUAUCCUGCUGGCCCCAGGCCACGUCACCCAGCCUGCACCCAAAGACCCGGUCCCGACAGCCGGGUGGGUGAGGCCGGGACACAGGCAUCCAGCCCCGCUGCCUGUGAGCCCCCCUCAGGCCCCAGCGCUUCGGUCCUGAACUCACACUGGUGCCCAGCGCUGCCCCCGAGCAGGGGGUUUCGGAUGUUCAUUUAUGGCAGCCCUCCCCAGAGAUGCACUUGGGCCCUUCGCGUGGGGCUGCAGCUGCUGGGGCAAGGCCAGGCCUGUGGGUGGGACAUGCUGGGGGGGUGCUUGACCCUUUGUGUCUGCUGGCCAUGCCACCUCCCCCUGGGGCUGGCAGCCCUUCUGCCCUGCUCCCCUCCGGCUGCCCCACCUCCCAGUGCCCACCCGUGGGGUAACGCCAUACCCCCAGGGCCCCUCCUGGCUGUGACUUGCCAGCCCCCCAGAGGAUCCAGCCACCACUGACCCCCUGAGCGCUGGGCAGCAGCUGCAACUGGGUCUGUGCCAGAGCCCUGGGCGCUGGAACCAGGUGUGGUGCCCACCCCCACGCCCCCACAGCAUAGGCCCAGGGCAGGAAGGGGCUCAUUUCACCCAGUGGGGGCCCUCUGCAUAGCCCCCCUCCCCAGGCUGCCCGGUGGUGGGGUGGGGUCUGGCUCACCCAGGGCUCGAGUUCAGUCUGUAACUGUAUGAUAAGGAAUAAACAUUA